AUGAGAUCUCUCGUGUCCUUCCUCCUGCUGCUGCUGGCGGCCGUCGCCCAGGCCGUAAGCUCCAGCGGGGAGAGGUUGCUCGUCAUUCUGGAUGAUGUUGCCGAAAAGGCUGGCUACUCAAAGUUUUUUGGCGAUCUAGAAGCUCGCGGCUUCAAGAUCACCUACGAAACACCCAAGAGUGAGACAUUGAACCUCUUCAAGCUCGGUGAGCGCGAGUAUGACCACCUCAUCUUCCUGCCGACCAAGGUCAAGGGCCUCGGCCCCAGCUUGACCCCCAAUGUUCUUGUCCAGUUCAUCAACGCCGAGGGCAACAUUCUCGUCGCCCUCUCCUCCAAGAACCCUGCCCCUACCUCGAUUGUCUCGACACUGCUCGAGCUCGACAUUCACCUGCCGCCCGACAGAAGCGGCCUCGUCGUCGACCACUUCAACUAUGAUGUCACAUCCGCCGCCGAGAAGCACGACGUUGUUCUCUUACCUGCCCCGGGCCCCCUCCGUGCCGACGUUCAGGACCUCUUCUCUCCCGCCGCACCCAAUGGCGAGCUGCUUGCCUUCCCCUCUGGCGUCGGACAGACUUUGGGCUCUGGCUCUCUCCUCGCCCCCGUCCUGCGCGCCCCCAGUACCGCCUACAGCUACGACCCCAAGGAGCAGGCUGAGAUGGUCGACGACCUCUUUGCAGCCGGCAGCCAGCUCUCGCUGGUCACCACCUUCCAGGCUCGCAACUCUGCCCGCGUCAGUGUCGUCGGCAGCGCCGACAUGCUGAGCGACAAGUGGUUCGACGCCAAGGUCAAGAAGCACGGCAGCAAGGCUUCCGUAGCCACCUUGAACCGCGACUUUGCCAAGCGCGUGUCGGGCUGGACAUUUGGCGAGACGGGCGUCCUGCGCGUCAACUGGGUCGAGCACCACCUUAACGAGGAGGGUCAGAGCAACCAGAGCAACCCCGAAAUCUACCGCAUCAAGAACGAUGUCACCUACUCCAUCUCGCUGUCCGAGUACGUCUGGGACGCCUGGACCCCCUUUACCGUUCCCGAAAAGGAUGCUCUGCAACUCGAAUUCAGCAUGCUCUCUCCCUUCCACCGCCUGCCUUUGAAGCCCGUCACCACCUCGUCCGACAGCACCACCUACUCGGCCUCGUUCAAGCUGCCGGACCAGCACGGCAUCUUUAACUUCAAGGUCAACCACAAGCGCCCCUUUUACUCCAACGUUGAGGAAAAGGCUACCGUCUCGGUGCGCCACUUUGCCCACGAUGAGUGGCCCCGCAGCUUCGUCAUCAGCGGUGCUUGGCCGUGGAUCUCUGGCAUCGGCGCCACCAUUGUGGGUUGGCUCGGAUUUGUGGCCAUUUGGCUGUACAGCAAGCCCGCCCAGUCCGCCGAGAUCAAGAAGACCCGUUAA